UUUAAAAGAAAUUUAAUAUUACAUACAGUGCAGAAGCUGAAGUUGGAAUCUGUUCUCUGUAGUUGGAAGAUUUGUUUUUUCUGUCAUUAAUUGGAAGAAAUUUUUUUUUCUUUGACGUGGAUUGGAUUUUCUGCAAGUUUAUGAGAAAGCCAUCCCAUUCUUUUGUCUUCAUGUGUGCCUCAUUGUUCUAUAAAUGAGUCGCGAGUCACUUUUGUUGAACCCCCCCCUACCUUGAGUUUCCUUUUCUCUUUUUGGUUUCUUCCUCUCUCAGGACUUGAGAAAGAAAAAAAAAAUGGAGGAAUUGGGUUCUGUUUGGGAUUAUCAAGAGAGCUUUGAUGAAUUGAAGCAGAAGCUUGUGUACACCACCAUUGAAUUGGGGUCACUGAAAGUUGAAGCAAAUGAAGAAAUGAGAAAGCACAAGGAGGAUGUCAAUCAUUUAAUCAAUCUCCUAGAGAUAGCUUACCGAGAAAGAGAUGAGGCUAAAGGUCAACUGCAAAAACUAGUUAACAAACUUAUGCUCUCCAGUACUCCUGAAUUACCGCCCAUUCUUCGUCAAGCACAGCCUGAAAGCCCCCUUCUGAUGCCUGCUAAAGCGAACUCCAGUAUAACUGAAUCUAACAGUCUAUCUGAUACAUAUAAUCACCAAUCACAUGGCUCCUCCCCUGUGGAUUCCUUACUCGAUGCAGUUACUUCACCAGAUUUCUCAAGCAUUAACAUGGCAGACUCAUGUCACAUGGGGUUUGUGGACAAGACCUUGGUUCAGGAUUAUAAUGGCUCUAUGCCAACAGGUUUAGUGGCUCCAGCAAUGGCCAAGAUUGAUCCGGCCGAUGAUGUAAUUGAUAAAUUUGUCAAAGGAAGAGUCCUACCUCAAAAGGGAAAACUGUUGCAGGCUGUGAUGGAUACAGGUCCUCUUCUUCAAACACUUCUUCUUGCAGGUCCGCUUCCGCGGUGGAGAAAUCCACCUCCACUGCAGACGUUCAAUAUUCCACCUGUUUCUAUUAGUUGCGAAACUCCAAACCUCACUGCCAAUCCAAGCUGUCUAGCUCAACAACCAUUGGCUUCACCAUCAUACAUUGAAAUGUCUCGAGGAUUUUCUCAGAUGUGUUCAGCUUCCAUGUUAGAUUUUGCUCCUGGUUCUGGUUCGGGUAUAGGCAAUGGACGUUUGCUAAAUUCCGGUGCUAUCCAUCAAAUCCCAGCUGGAAAGCGGCAAAGAUCUCAAUGA